AUGCCACCCAUGGUGUUCUAUUGGAUACACUUAACCUGGAUGAUCAAGAACAGAUGCCUCUUGAAGGAACUGUACGAAGAGUUGAAGGAAAUCGAGUACUCCUUCUGCGAAAACGGCAUCAGCUGGUUCUACAAAGCAACAUGGAGAACCAAAUACCUCAGUAAAGAAAACAAACAAGAUGUUAUAUCGAAGAUUACUUUAUAA